AUGUUCAUCAACCGACGAGCAGUUCAAGAUCCGACACCUUUAACCCUGAGAGUCACCGCUUACGCGGACGACCUCAUCAUAAUUCCAUCUCCUCGACAAAUGGACAAAUCAGAUCAUGCUGCAAUGUGCACCUCUGUCAUAUCUCGUAAACUUCUCGAACUCCUUAAACCCUUAAAUCUAUCCAUUCUCCCUCAAAAAUCAAAUCUGCUAAAGUGUGACAAAAUCUUUCACCUAUCGACGACAACAUCAUUACUUGAUUGUAUUAACGAUAGUGUUCGAAAUGCAGCGGCUUCCUGUUUAGGAACUCUUUGUAAAUGGUUAUCUAAUGAGGAAUUAGAAAAUGUUGCGAAAGAUCAUCUUCUAGAAGAUGAACCAACUUCAUAUUGGAAUAGACGCCAUGGUCAAUCAGUAGCUCUACGAAUCGCUUUAAAAGAGGCACCCGAAAGAAUGCUUAAACCAGAAUGGGAAGAAAAGGUCGUCAAGCAUAUCCUUGCUCAACUAGCUACAGAUCGGAUUCCUGUUGUUUGCAGUGGAGUUAAAUCUUGUGCCUAUGUUUUUCUAUAUAAAAUACCAAAAGAUGACCAAUUGCCUCAAAAUUUAGUUUCCAGUUUUGCAAGAUGUAUGAAUCACGCAAAUAAUGAAGUCAAACAAACGGUGGCUAAUUCAUCAAUAUAUUUAACUAAAAACCUCCCAUGUCCGUUCCCAAUGAGCUUCCUAAAAACACUUGUCCCCUUAUUAGUUAUGGGAACGAAAGAGAAAAAUACGGCUGUUAGGUCAAAUUCGGAGCAAGCCUUGGUUACUGUUUUGAAAUUAAGAUCAGACGAAGAAUGUGCUCAACAGCUGGUUGCUGCUUUAGAUCGUGGUGCUAAAGAAGUCCUUCAAGAAUGCAUAAGCAAAACUUUGAAAAAAGUGUUGGCACAACCAGAACCUAAAGAAGAGCAGUUUGAUGAUACUUUACUAACAUGAUUGCGCGAAUUGGAUUAAUUUUAAUUUUCUUCCCUUUCCUUUCGCAUUCAUACCUUUUUUCUUGAAUUUUCUAAAUCACUCCAACUUGCUAACUGAAUUUAAUAAAAAUAUUUUGAAGACAUUA